AUGGUGACCUGCCCGAUUUCUUCGGUCCACUGGCAGCCGUCUUCAUGCAGGAUCUCAAUCUGUGACAUGUGACGUUACACGCAAACAAGAGAAAGAAACACCGCUGUUGAGAAAGCAGCACGACUAAAAAAUACACACUUUCCGGAAAUCUCCCCUCCUGCAGCCCAGGGAGAAAAACAGAUAGCCCCAGCUUAACUAUGCUAGCACUAGUUAGCUAAGUUAGCGCAACCUCUGUUUUCAGUUCCAGCAGCAGGAGUGUCCGGACAGCCUCUAAUUCAGGGGCUGUUAUUUACCGGAUAGGCUCUUAUGUAGCACGGACAGAAACUAUCACUUCUAAUCUUGGGUGCCUCAUUGUUUUUGUGGGUCCCGCGAAUAUUUUCUUACCUGCAGCCACUCAGACAGCAGCUGUCUGUCUGAGUGAUGUUUUCCUCCAGGACGAAAAAAAAAAAAAAGAAAAAAGAAAAAGAAAGAAAAAGCAGUUUUUCCUCUGUGGUGCCGGGUUACCGGAGCACUGCCCGUCACAGUGCCACCUAGAAGCGGAGAACAGGAACACACAAACAGGAAGUUGGCGCAAACAAAAUCUGAAAAACGAGGUCCGAAAGGCUGAGCUGACUGUGUGUGUGUUCAUGGACAGUGUCAGAGGAAGAGGGAGGAGAAGACAUCGUGGCAGAGAGGACAGAGAUGUCUGCCUCUCUAAAUCCAUGUCUUAUGCACUUCGCCAUGGAGCCAGCCAGAUGGGUCUGCAAAUGGGUACAGAUGGCUUCCUGUUUGUGGAGGAUCUUCUGGCUCACCCGCAGUUCCGCUCAUACUCGUUGGAAGACAUUGAAAGAGUUGUGGCCACAAAUGACAAGCAGCGCUUUAAGCUCCGUUCCCACCCAGCGGAUGGCCGGCUGCAGAUUCGGGCCAAUCAGGGUCAUUCAGUACAGGUUGCAGAUUUGGAGCUGAAACGGCUUGUGCUUGGUUCUCCAGACUGCCCUGCUGAGGCUGUUCAUGGGUCCUACCUCAGAAACUGGAGCUCCAUCCAGCAGCAGGGCCUGAGCCGCAUGAAGAGGACACACAUCCAUCUGGCACGAGGUCUGCCAGGCGAGGAUGGCGUCAUCAGCGGCAUGAGGAAAGAUUGCGAUCUAGCUGUGUUUAUUGAUGUCCCCAAAGCUCUGGCUGAUGGUAUAGAGUUCUUCUGGUCUGAGAAUGAUGUGCUGUUGACUGCAGGCGAUGCUGAGGGCAAAAUUCAACCUAAAUACUUCAGCCGAGUUCUAAGACUGAGACCUACAAGGAGCCUCCUGCCACUGCAGUAGCGGCAGAAAAUUCUGUCCUGUCAUUGGUCAUUACCGGACUCACCCGACUAUGUUUACAACCCACGGUUGGUUGAUACUUAUCAAAGUUGCCCCUGGCAACACUUGUUUUGCAGAAGCAUCGAUUUGAUCAGCAACAGAAGAGUCUAUCCAGAAAUCUCACUAAAUGGGACAUGAUUGGUAAAUGUUAAACUUUUGUUUCAUUACUGAAAGGGAACGGGAUAGGUCGAAGAUACCUCCUUAUUUUUAUGUGACAGUUCAACACAUUUAUAAGCACAGAAGCCUUGUUUUCCCCAGUUGCUAAGCAUUGCUCCAAUGACUACCAGGAUAUUUUAACUGCUGGGUCUUUAAAUAAAGCAUAUUGUAUGUGUGGUUAGACAUUGAGGUUUAACGGACUGCAGUUUCCAGUAAGAUAUGGACUCACAUGCACAGCAUGUGAGGGAAGAUAACUUGUUUGAGGCUUCCUGUGCAAGAAAUUGCCAAAAUAUUUCACAACCAUAAAGAGGUAAAACAAGAGAUAAUGAAAAGUAUACAGCUGUAUUUAUUUUAGUAAAUUUAUUUUCUCCAGACGUUUAUG